UCGGUCAUUGAUCAAUUUCACGAAUAACUGGGAGAAGAAAAAGGAAGGAGCCCUAAUGUGCCUCCCUACUUGACGCGAUCUCAGCUGUGACUCUAAUCACCUCUCGCUCGACGGGCACAAUGGCCGGAGUUUUCUCUAACGCCUUGGAGAUGAUCAAGGAGUUAUCCACGCCUCACGCCGUUCAAUAUCUGGAACCCAUUUGGAGUGGAGUUUAUAAGCAGCUUCAAAAGCUCCGUGAGUCAUUAUUGCAGAUCCAACUUUUCAUUGAAGAUGCAGAGGAAAGGCAGUUGACGGACAAGGCUGUCAGGUAUUGGCUUUUGCUGCUCAAAGAUGCGGUCUAUGAUGCUGAAGACAUCCUUGACGAGGCCAAGACGCAUGAACUAGUCAUCCAGCGCAAGGCACAGCUUUAUGGUCGCCCAAGAAGCAAGGUGCGUGAAUUCUUUUCUCUUGAUCAUAACCCACUCUUGUUUAAACUUCAGCUGGGGAAGAAGCUCAGUAACGUCAAUGAGAGAAUAAAUGAGCUUAUUGAGGAGAUGGGCAAGUUCAAAUUAAGGGUUCUUGAAAACAACAACAAACCUUUGAAGAACAGGCCUCAAACCUAUUCAUAUGUGGACGAAUCGCCAGUUAUUUUUGGAAGAGAUGAAGAUAAAGGGAAGUUAUUGCAGAUGCUGAUCAGUGAUUGUUUUGAUGAGAAAGUGGCUGUGGUUUCUAUAGUCGGUAUUGGUGGGCUGGGUAAGACGACACUUGCUCAGUUGGUUUACAGAGAUGAAGAAGUACAGAAACAUUUCCAACUGCAUAUAUGGGUAUGUGUUUCUGAUGAUUUUGAUGUGCCAAAGCUUGCUGGAAAGAUCAUACAUACAACUUCUGGGGAACUUUGUAAUCAUACAAACAUGGAGGUGCUGCAACAGAAGCUGCGAAAAGAAUUGGGGCAAAAGAGAUAUUUGCUGGUAUUAGAUGAUGUGUGGAAUGAAGAUUUCCAAAAGUGGGAUGCUCUUAGAAGCAUCUUGCUUGAUGGAGGAGACGGAAGCAGAAUUCUUGUGACCACACGCAAUGAAAAAUGCUCUCGACUGAUGGGUGUACAGAAACCGUAUAUUCUAAGCCGUUUAUCAGAAGAAAACUCUUGGGUUUUAUUUGAACAGAAAGCAUUUGCUGUAGGUGCACCGAAGCCACUGCCAAAAUUGGUGGAGAUUGGUCAACAGAUUGUUAAGAAAUGCCAAGGAUUACCACUUGCUAUACAAGUAUUGGGGUGUAUCAUGCAUUACAAGAGCAAAGAAAGUGAAUGGCAGGCCGUGUUGGAAAAUAUUGAAACAUGGAAGUUACAACAUACAAAAAAUAAAAUCAUGCCAGAGCUGUGGCUAAGCUAUGUCGAUUUGGCUACCCAUUUAAAGAAAUGUUUUGCCUUUUGCGCCAUAUUCCCAAAGGAUCACGAUAUUGAGGAAGAGCAGCUGAUUCAAUUUUGGAUGGCUCAUGGGUUCAUUCCAUCUCAAAAAGGAACUGAUAUGGAAGUAGAAGGGCGAGAGAUUUUCACCGAGUUGAUUAGGAGAUCUCUUUUACAAAAGGGUAUUUCUCCUUAUUUAUGGGGAAAAGAAAGCGUAUAUAAGAUGCAUGAUCUUAUCCAUGAUCUGGCACACUUUGUUAAUGAGAAUGAAUGCUUCACAUCUUUGAAAAGCAGUGCAGCCCCCAAAGUCUCAAUAUCACCACGCCGUUUGACUUUCUACGCUGAUGAAAUUUAUAGCCAAGGUGAUUGCUCCACCAUCCAUACUGUGCUACAUUGUGGAAGAGACUUAAGUGUGUUGUCAAAGCUGAAGGUGGUGAGGGUGCUUGACCUGAGUCAAGCAUUCAUUGAUGAAUUGCCUGCAUCAAUAGAGCAUUUGCACCAUCUAAGAUACCUCGAUCUUUCUUUUACUCAUAUAAAGAAACUACCGGAAUCCAUUUGUAUGUUGGUUAAUCUGCAGACAUUGAAACUCUAUGGUUGUUAUCAACUUCCCGAGCUUCCCAAGAGCAUAACAUACAUGAACAGCCUUAGGCACUUUCAUUUUGAUUAUUGUCUACAGUUCGAGGCAUUUGCUGCUGGCUUGAGUCGAUUACAAAACUUGAAAACAGUAUCAGGAUAUACUGUGGGAGAUGCUGCAGAGAACAAGCUGGGACAAUUAAAGUCCUUCAAUCCCUUUGGUGAACUUGCUUUGUAUAACCUCCGGAAGGUGAAGACUGCUGAUGAUGCUAGAGAAGCUGAUUUGGGCAACAAACAACAUAUUCGCACAUUAAAAUUAAGUUGGGGAAAAUUAAGUUGGGGAGAUGAUGAUGAUGAAUGUUGUUUGAUGGAAAAUGCAGAGGAGGUGUUGGAAGCCUUGGAACCUCACAAUAACUUAAAAGAACUUAGAGUUAGUUAUUAUGCUGGCAAUCAAUUUCCAAUAUGGAUGAGUGAAAGGCAACAAUUCCAAUAUCUACAUCACAUGGAACUAUUUGCAUGUAGAAAAUGUGAGCAACUCCCUCCACUUGAGUUAUUACCCUGUCUUGAGGAUCUCAGAAUCAGCCAAAUGGAUGGCAUCAAACACAUUGUUAACAACAAAAGAGGCAACACACUGCAACCAUUCCCUGCCUUGAAGCAUUUGUCAUUAUCCGGAAUGAGGAACCUAGAGGGGUGGUGUGUGGAGGAGGGUAGAGGAGCAAAUCGAUCCUUGUUUCCACGCCUUACUAUGAUGGAUAUCACAAGAUGCCCCAAGUUGACAACCAUGCCACUAGAGAUAUUACCUUGUCUUGAGGAUCUCAGUAUCAGUGAAAUGGAUGGUAUCAAACACAUUAUCAACAGCAGAAGAGGCAACGCACUGCAAUCAUUCCCUGCAUUGAAAACUCUGGAGUUAAGAUUAAUGAAGAACCUAGAGGGGUGGUGUGUAGAGGGUAGAGAAGCAAAUCUGUCCUUGUUUUCAUGCCUCAUUAGGAUGGAAAUUGUAGGAUGCCCCAAGUUGACAACCAUGCCACUAGAGAUAUUAUCCCGUGUUGAGUAUCUCAGAAUGUUUGAAAUGGAUGGCAUCAAGCACAUUGUCAACAACAGAAGAGGCAAUACACUGCAAUCAUUCUCUGUGUUGAAGAAGUUGACAUUUUGCAAAACGAGGCCCCUGGCAGGGCGGUAUAUGAAGGAGGGUAGAGAAGCAAUUCCACGCCCCAUUGUGAUGAAUAUUGACAAUUGCAAUCAGCUAUACUUAACAUUGGUUUUGCAGAACCUUGCAUCUCUGAAGCAUCUUCAUGUUUCUAAAUGUGAUACCCUGAGAGAAUUGCCCAUGUGCCCCAAAUCAGUCAAAACCUUGACUAUUGACAGUUGUCCUGGCAUCGGAUCUUUGUGGCCAGAAAUGGGCCACCUUACUUCACUAUCCAGAUUAGAAGUGUCUAAUUGUCCCAAGCUGGUAUCUCUAUCUGAUGGGAUGCAAGCCCUCACUUCCCUUCAGUAUCUAUCUAUUACAUAUUGUCCGGCGCUUGAGUCAUUCCCGGAAGGUCUCCAACAGCUACUUCCUACUCUAAAAUCACUAAGAAUCGAAGGAUGCCCGGAGCUAGAGAGGCUGUGCAAGCCUGGAGGAGACUAUUGCAACCUUCUCUCUACCAACUCGUAUAAACAAAUAGGUGUACAACCAGAACAGACAAUCCAAGUUCCUCAUGAGAUUGGUACUGGUGGCAGAAAUGCUUUGGAGUGCAUCACCACAAAUCGCUUCCUUCUGUCUGCAAUUUUGGUUUGUGCUAUUGCCUGUUUCAUAGAUUUCCUUCCCAAUGAACUUGAUACCCAAGUGCCACUUUCUCCCCUUUUGUUUUUUUAUUUUUUGCUUUUAGUUCUGGCUUUUUAGUAUGUUGAAAAUAUAUUUUAUCAUAUCUCCUUUGAUGUACAGAAAGGAAACAAUAUUAUCUGCUUUGACAUCCCAUUUCAAACCUAAAAUAUGAAGAUUAAGU